AUGUAACCACAGCGUGAGGAGGAAAAGAGGCCGUGAAGAGAAGCUGAUAAUCUCUGGUGCCAACUUCAGACCCAAAUGAUGGAUGCUUCAGAGGACAAAUGCACAGACAAAAUCAAGAGAACCGAGGCCAAGGAGGCUGAUGAAAGACCUCAAUGGGACAACAAAGCUCAGUACCUGCUCACAUGCAUCGGGUUUGCUGUUGGUCUAGGAAAUGUAUGGCGAUUUCCUUAUUUAUGUCAGACCUAUGGUGGAGGUGCUUUCCUCAUCCCGUACCUUAUCGCCUUGGUUUGUGAAGGUCUGCCUCUUCUUCAUAUGGAGCUGGCGAUCGGACAAAAGCUCCGGGCCGGCAGCAUUGGUGUCUGGAACUCGAUCUCACCGUAUCUCUGUGGAGUAGGUCUUGCCUCUAUGGUGGUGUCCUUCCUGGUGUGUUUAUUCUACAACACCAUCCUGGCAUGGGUCCUGUGGUACCUUUUUAAUUCAUUUUAUGACCCUCUUCCCUGGCAUCACUGUCCUACUACACUAAACUUCACAGAACAAGGUGAUGAGUGCAAACAGAGUACACCAGCCAACUAUUUCUGGUACAGAGAGACUCUGAACAUCUCUCCAAACAUCGAGAGCAGUGGGGACAUGCAGUGGAAGAUGGUUUUGUGUUUGGUCGCAGCCUGGGGUAUAGUCUAUAUCUGUUUUAUCCGAGGCAUUGAAACCAUUGGAAAGGCCAUUUAUGUGACAGCCACCUUCCCUUAUGUGGUGCUCACCAUUUUUCUGAUUCAGUCAGUGACUCUGCCAGGUGCCACUCUUGGAUUAAAUCACCUCUUCAACCCAGACUGGGAAACAUUAAUGAACCCAAGGGUGUGGUUAGAUGCAGCCACUCAGAUUUUCUUCUCAUUGUCUUUAGCUUUUGGUGGCCUCAUUGCAUUUUCCAGUUAUAACCCACAGAGGAACAACUGUGAGCGUGACGCCGUUAUCGUUGGCUGUGUCAACAGUCUGACAUCCAUCUACGCAUCUAUUCCCAUCUUUGCGAUUCUGGGAUUUAAAGCACUAAAUAAUUACAUAGAGUGUGUGAAGAGUCAUUUCAUCAACGGGACAAAUGCAAAUAUUUCGGAUCUGAAUAUAACAGAUAAAAAUUAUGAGCAGUGGUUUACACAUUUGAAUUCUACAAAUCCAUCGCUUGUCCAAGAUCUUAAUUUGAAGUGUGAUCUUAACACAUUUCUUAAUCAGAGUGCAUCAGGCACUGGGUUGGCAUUCAUCGUGUUCACAGAAGCAGUAACAAAGAUGCCAGUUUCUCAGCUUUGGGCAGUGCUAUUCUUCAUCAUGCUCUUUACUUUGGGACUGUCUUCAAUGUUUGGAAACCUGGAAGGGGUCCUCACUCCUCUGUUAGACUUGGGCAUUAUACCCAAAAGGAUGCCCAAAGAACUUUUAACAGGUCUCAUAUGCCUGGUUUCCUUCAUUAUAGCCUUGAUCUUCUGUCUGCGCUCUGGGAACUACUGGCUAGAAAUAUUUAACAGUUACGUGGGGUCCGUGCCCCUGUUGGUCAUUGCGUUUUUUGAGAUCAUAGCUGUAGUCUGUGUCUAUGGUGUUAACAGGUUCAGUGAUGACAUUGAGGAGAUGACUGGACGACGACCCAAUAUGUAUUGGCAGGUGAUGUGGAGGGUGAUCAGCCCCCUUAUGCUGCUGGUGGUCUUCAUGGCAUAUGUGAUAGUUGAGGCCCAGAAGCAGCCCACCUAUAAGGCGUGGAAUCCAAAUCACGAUGAUUUUCCAAAGGUUGAAGAUCAGCCGUAUCCGAACUGGGUGUUUGGCAUUUGUGUUCUCCUGCCGCUUGUGCCGUGUUCUCUUAUUCCACUAGGGGCGCUGUACAGGCUCAUUCAGUUCCUGUAUAAAUCAAGAAGAGACAGAAGCGAUAUUGAAAUGUAUGAAGUUGAAACUUAGCGACAAAACCAAAACAUUUUAGUGUCAGCUGUUUCAAGUAUUGAUUUUUGUUAUCCAAAAAUCUCCAAUGGAGAAGUUUUAUGAAAACACAACAUAUUAUUUAUAGUAUUGUCAGGACUGCAUAAUAUCAUCUCUGAUGUAGAAAAUAACAUAUAAAUAAUAGAAAUGUUUUUAAAUGUUCAAAGUGUUUUUAUACAGUAGGCUACACUGCCAGAAUGGUCAGAAACUGGUCCCAAGCUGUCACCGGGCCAGUACCUUAAAAAGGUCCUAAAUGUACCAUUUACAGUAGAAAUGUUCUGAAAUACAAGGUACUAAUAUGAACUCUUUAGGUACAAAAGUUUACUUUUUGAAAGGGUACCACCCCAACUAGGGACCUUUUUGACCCUUUGUCCUGACAGUGUAGUUACUUCUGUGAUAUCUCAUGUCAUUGGAAUUGGAUAUAUAUAUAUAUAUAUAUGUAUGUAUGUAUGUAUGUAUGUAUGUAUAUAUAUCAACAUUUACUUGAUAUAAAUAGCUAAUAGGCAGGUAUGGUAAAUCUUUAUUGUUUUUCUAGCUGAAACAUAAUUUGUUUAUUGUCUUAAUAUUAAUAGUUCAAUGUGCAAGAUUGCAUGUCUUCUUCAAUAACAACACUGUGUGAUUAAAUGAUGGUCAUAAAACUGUAAUAAAUCAUUUAUUGUAAUAAUAUAACUGAUUAAUUUUUAAAAAAUAUGGU